AUGUCAACUCCAGCUCCCGCUUCUAAUAAUGCAACCGAAGAAAAGCAGGAUCCCACUUUAGCCGAAGUGGUUAGAAAGUUGGACACAGAAAAUCUUAUCGAAUUUUUGCGUGGGGAAGAAGACUUGCAACUUGACGAAGACGAUUUCAAAAUAAUUUCCUCAAAGGUUAAGGAGGGCGUUUUCGUCGUACCGCAGUCUAAGAGAAGUGCUGGCAAAACGGUAUGGAAUCCGAAGGCGAUCCCGUUAUUCAAACCACCACCGACCUGUAAAAUCCAGGAUGACGAUGUAUAUUUCAAAGAGUAUAUCACGGAAUCAAUAAAAGGUUAA